CAACGAAAAGUGACGUGGCGGAGAUAGGAGUGUGCACGGAACGCAAAACACAGAAAAUAACAGGAGGUAAAUGCCGGAGAUAUUUCGAAAAACAGACAUUGACACGAGCCAAGCCCAGGGCUCUGUAUUCCUUCACGCAAUUCUCACACUCUCUUCCCUAUUUCUUCACACUUUCCUCUCCUUCCUUCUGCUAACUAACUCCUCUCUGGAUCAAACAAAUUCUGAGAGUUGUAACGGAUUGAUCGAUUGAUGGCGGCGACGGCGGCAAUAUAUGGAGUCGGGUUCUGUUCUGUUUCUGAUAUUUUGUCGACGAAGAAACUGAUUAAACGACGUGUUAAUGGUAGUAUCAUCGGUGUGAGAAGUAUUUGUUCUAGGAGAGAAGUGGGGACGGUGGUGAGGUGUUCGUCGUCGAGUAAGGCCGUGGCUCCGUUGGAAUCGGAAGGAGAUGGGAGGACAUGUGUGAUUGAGGAGGAGGGAGGAGGAGGAGGAGAUGUUAUGAGGUUCAAGAUGUCUGAUUUUAAGGUGCUUGAUCGUGUCAGUAUUGGCCUUGGUGGCCGGGCGGAUGAGGUGGUUUUCGAAGCAAUAGUGAAGGAUUCUAAUAGCCCUUUGCAUAACAUUAAAGUUGUGCUUAGGAAACUUGUCAGUACUCAAGCAAAACGUAGAGGAAUGCGAGCAAUAGAGGUAUUGAAGAAGCUGGUUCGCCGUAAACUUAUGUACCAUUCUUAUUCGAUGCAAGUUUAUGGUUAUAUUUCUUCACCUUCUAGCGGCCGUGGUUCGUUUACUCUGGUACAUGGGUAUCAUGGUAGUUUUUCUUUGAGACAUUGGCUUCAACAAUCAGAUUGGCUUCCUACCUUGGAAAUAACACGCAUAUUGAUGAGGGAUCUCUUGAUUGGAGUGAACUACUUGCACAGUCAUGGACUUGCGCAUACAGAGUUGAGGCUGGAGAAUGUGCAUAUAAGCCCAGUGGAUAGGCAUAUUAAAGUAGGGAUACUAGGGAAUGCUGCUGACUUUUAUGAGGAUGGUCCAAAUAGUAGCACGCUGGACAACAACAUGGACAGACGGCAGAUGAUGAUUGCAUUUGACAUGAGAUGUGUAGGAUUUAUGAUGGCAAAAAUGGUGCUGCGGGAACUCAUGGAUCCAUUAAUUUUCUUGAAGUUCAAAUCAUUCCUCAUGAAGGGGAAUGAUCCUUCAUGCUUGCGUGAAUUUUUAUUGCAAAUCCUCAGUAGGAAUUCUCCAUCUGGAAAUGUUGGACUUCAAAUACUUGAUCGGAACUGGGGUGCUGGUUGGAACCUUUUAUCCUUGUUAUUGGCAACCAAACCUUCCAAAAGAAUAAGUUGUUUGGAUGCCCUCAGGCAUCCAUUUCUGUGUGGACCAAGAUGGCGGGUGGCGCCAUCCAUGGACAUCAUCAGAUGGGGUCUUGGCUCCACUGCAGUUCGAAUUACAGAGGAAUACAUUUAUAAGCAGCCUCAGCGUAAUAGGCUUUCCUAUUUUAUCGAAUUGAUGGAGAUGCUGAAUGCUCAUUCAAGGCCAAAGAACUGGUUGGAGUUGCUUCCAGGAAAAUGGCGUCUAUUAUACUGUACUGGGAGACAAAUAGGAUUGACCCUUCGUCAGCCUUCUGCUCGUGUCCUGAUUGGUGAUGUUUAUCUAACUAUAAAUAGAGCAUCAAAAUUAAAUACUAGUAUUUCCUUCACAUCGGACAUUGGCUUCACAGUGAUGAAUGGUCGAGACUGGCCUCAUGACAAAAGUGGUAUAACUGGGAAAUUGGAAGUAAACUCUGUAUUCAGGUUGACAUCCGGGAGACGGUUGUAUCUUAAGGAGGAAAAGACAUCAGAGAAGUUAUCCUUUGGGCAACCAAACAAUCAAGAUUCUUUAGCCCAGAAAUUAUCAGCUAAAAAAUGGGGGAAACUUGUCCCGUAUAAGGAGUUUCCAUCGAGCCUUCCUGUGGCUAAACUUGUUUCAGCUGACAUUGAGGUGACAAUGAGUCUCGGGGACAACCUUGAUCAAAAUGAUGUUACACCAAGCAGUAUAGUUCACGAAAUUCGUGUGCAAGUUCCGCCUGAGAUGUUUGAUUUGUCUAGGCUCGUCUGUGGAACAUAUGUGGACUCCAGACUGCUAGUCCUGCGCGGGGUCAAUGGAUCAGCUCUCUUAUUUACAAGAUCUAUGUGUUGAUGAAACCUCUAGAUAGCCAUUUCGCGCAAGUACUGUAGAUAGAAAUUGUUGUUGGGAGUGUAAUUAGCAGUUGUGAUCUUGCUCGUGUAAUUUGUACAGUCGAUUAAUCGAAGAAGAUCAACCUUUUCCAAAUG